AAAAACACACCCUCUGGCAACUAAAAGGCAUGGCGGGGACACCGCGCACUCUUCCUUUUCUCCUCUCCUCUUUAUUUUUGGCUAUAGCCUCAUACUGUUACUACCACUAUUCGCAUUACCCCCAAAUGACCACCGCACCACUGCCGCAGACGGCCACCAAAGGCUCCGUGCUCAACUUCUCCCUGACGCCGUCAGAAAUCGGGCAGCUUGUUGACACGCUGAUUGCGCGCGGCAAGAAGAUCCAGGACGAUGUGGCAGCGCAAACCAACCCGACAUUCGCGAGCGUCAUCGUGCCGCUGGCCAUGCGCGAGAACAACCAGGGCGCCGACUACUCGGUGGCCACGUUCCUGCAGAACGUCAGCACCGACAAGGACAUCCGCGAUGCCAGCACGGCGGCCGAGGAAAAGCUCGAUGCUUUCGAGAUCGAGUCGUUGAUGCGCGAGGACGUGUACAAGGUGGUACGCGCCGUGUUCGACAACAAGGAGGAGAUGGCCAAGCUGGACGCCGAGGACCUGCGGCUAGUGACCAAGAUCGAAAUGCAGUACCGCCGCAACGGACUUGCGCUGCCCAAGGAGCAGCGUGGCCGGCUGGGUGAUAUCAAGAAGCGGCUGUCGGAGCUCGGCAUCAAGUUCAGCCGUAACGUCAACGAGGGCGACGGACGCGAGACAUUCACGCGCGAGGAGCUGGAGGGUCUGCCAGCCGACUUCUUUGUGGACCGGCCGACCGAGGUCGUCGACGGGGUGACAAAGUACGUGGUCACGACAAAGUACCCAGAUCUGUUCCCGGCGCUGCGGCUGGCCAAGCGCGAGGAGACCCGCAAGCGCCUGUCGGUGGCCGAGGGCCAGCGGUGCCCUGAGAACAUUGACCUGCUGCAGGAGGCCGUGGGCCUGCGUCUGGAGGCGGCCAGGAUGCUCGGCUACAGCACCCACGCCGAGUACGUGCUCGAGGAGCACAUGGCCAAGACGCCCAAGGAGGUGCUUGACUUUGAACACGACCUGCGCGAGCGCCUGACGGUGCUGGGACUGAAGGAGGUCGAAGAGAUUGAGGAGCUGAAGCGCGCUGACAAGAGGGCGGUUGGCGAGGAGUACACGGGCCUGUUCUCGUGGGACUUCCGCUACUACACCAACCUGGUCAAGGAGCGCAAGCACAACAUCAGCGACGAGGAGGUCAAGCAGUACUUCCCCAUGAAGGAGGUUACCCGCGGCAUCCUGGACAUCUACCAGCGCAUGCUCAGCCUGCGGUUCGUCAAGGUCGAGAACCCGCCUGUGUGGCACGAGGACGUCGACAUGUACGAGGUGUGGGAAGCCACCGAGGACAAGUUCGUCGGCCACUUCUACCUGGACCUGUACCCGCGCGAGGGCAAGUACAACCACGCCGCUGUGUGGCCGAUCCGCGCCGGCUACACCAAGCCCGACGGCUCGCGCGAGUAUCCUGUUGCUGCCAUGGUGGCCAACUUCCCCAAGCCCGUCGGCACGACGCCGGCGCUGCUCAAGCACGAUGACGCGACGACGCUGCUGCACGAGCUGGGCCACGUCUUCCACGGCAUCUGCUCGAUCACAAAGUGGGCCCGGUUCCACGGCACCAGCACCGAGACUGACUUCGUUGAGGCUCCCUCGCAGAUGCUCGAGAACUGGUGCUGGGAGCCGUCGGUUCUGGCCCAGUUUGCCGUGCAUUACAAGACCGGCGAGCCUAUCCCCGACGAGCUGGUCAAGCGCCUGGUGGCUGCCAAGAACGAGAGUGCUGGCCUAUUCAACCUCCGUCAGGUGUUCUUUGGUCUGUACGACAUGGCCAUCCACAACACCGAGGACGGCAAGGUCGACGUCAAGAACCUGUACACGUCGCUGCGCGAGGAAAUCGGCCUGUUCAAGAACGGCGAUAUUGAUACCUGGGGAUCGGCGACCUUUGGCCAUAUGAUGGGCGGCUACGACUCGGGCUACUACGGAUACCUGUGGUCCGAGGUCUUCAGUGCCGACAUGUUUGCCUCGCGCUUCCAGAAGGAGGGCGUUGCCAACGCCAGCACCGGCAUGGACUACCGCCGCGAGAUCCUGCUGCCUGGCGGCAGCCGCGACGCGUCGGUCAGCCUCGAGAAGUUCCUGGGCCGCAAGCCAAACAACAAGGCCUUCCUCAAGAGCAUCGGACUUGAGGCUUAAAAACAUCACAUUCAUUUCUUUUCUAACAUUGCCAUUGCUCAAGCUUACGUAUGCACUGUGGCACCAUCUGCAGUAGGCGGUGGCCGUGCAGGUGGGAAAAGAACAAAGUCACGAGGCCGCAGUGGAGGAGGGGAUGCAGUGGACAUGCAGUGGGUGCCCAGCAGCCUGUGGGCGCCGAGCCAGCAGCCUACAGUCCCUCUUGCUCUGAUGGGCACCAGAAAAGUCUUGGCAAACAAGCGCCACUGCAUUUAAGCAUCCUUUCU